AUGCCUCUCCUCAUUUCGAAUUCGGGCGUGGGAAAGGGUCUGGUUUCAAUGGAUUCCACCAGUGACCUCCACGUCGACGGUGAUUUUGCAUCCUAUUGUCUUAUCAGUCUCAGACUCUUUCUGUACACCAACUGCAUGUUUGUAUUAUACGCAGGCAAAGUCCUUCGACAACUUCGAGUAUUGGGUCAUGGUGACAAUGAAACAAGCGAUGCAAUGAACGACAUUCUUGCUCAGGAUGAACAAAUUGGGCUAUCGAGUUAUGGUUUUGCUCUAAUCAAUGACAACAAUUUGAAGAGUCUUACUAAGGAAAUUGUGUCUUUUGUGUCCGACGCAGACAUGGAGUAUAAGAUGUAUAUUGCAUAUCUAAUCUCAUUCUUGCAGCUGAGAAGUGAGAGGCGACACGCUCCUGAUCAGAAGUGGCAUGUAGAUACCGUAUUGCAAGUGUUGACAAUGACAGGAGCAUACGUAGAAGAAGACCGUGUUCCUGGUCUCAUUCAGUUGUUUGCUGGCAUGACAGAGCUCCAUACAUACAUUGUGCAGCAGCUUUAUGUUGCUCUCAGUGGUGACAUUAGCCAGCAAUCCCUUGCUCAAAUUGGUGUUUGGUAUAUUGGUGAGUAUGGUGAUCUGUUGUUGCUGGGACCAACUCAGGGAGAAGAAGCCAUUGAGGUGAGUGAGUCUGAUGUGCUCAAUGUAUUGCAAGCUGUACUGGAGAGUCCUCAUUCGUUGCCAACUUCCCUAAAUUUUGCUGUGACAAGCGUUAUAAAGCUUAGUACUAGAUUCACACAGACAGUAGAACGUAUUCAGGGUUUAGUUGCUCAAUAUGGAACAAAUUUGGAUGUCGAACUGCAGCAACAAUCGGUUGAAUACUCACAGCUCUUUAGUGCAUUUAAUCACAUGAGAUCAGCUUUGUUAGAAAGGAUGCCAUUGCCAGAUGUUAAGGCGUCAGCUACUGUCAAUGACACAAACGGAGCAGGAGAGUCUCUACCUACAGAAGAUUUGUUGGGAGAUUCUGAAACAGUAGCUGAACAGCCAGUGUCCAGUCAAGCUGGAAAUGAGCUGCUGGACAUCUUGGGAGGUCUGUCUGUAUCAGCACCAGAUACGUUGCUGUAUGGUAGUCAGUUGAUAAUGCAACAACAGUUGAGGAUGAGACUGCGGAUUUCAUACAGUCUGAAUGGAUCCCCUGUGACGGAACAAGGUGGGAUUGGCGAUUUUCCACCAGCAGUUUCUCAGUAA